AUGGGGAAGGAGAGCUUUUGUAAAACCUUCCACUCACAACUGGCUGAUGUACAAACUUCCGAAGAAAAUACAUUUCUAAUUGAUACAAUUGAGAAAAUCGAAAGAUAUUCUGGAACUGUUCAUGACUAUUGGAUAGACGGAACAGAUGAAGUUAUUGAGGGAUACUGGAUAUGGGCGUCCACAGGGAAACCAGUAUCAUUCACUAACUGGCAAACACAUGAACCAAACAAUCAACAUGGUAACGAAGACUGUCUUGAAAUUGGAAAUUGGAAUACUGGCACAUGGAACGAUGCUCCUUGUUCCAUUGAAGAUAAUUUUAUAUGCGAAAUGGAAUAUCCAGCUAGUGGGAGUAUCAUUGGGAAAUAAAGAUUUAAAUAAGAACGAUAAAAUUGUAUUAAUGUUAAUGUAUUUUUGCAAUAUUUUAUUGAAAUAAUUUGAACAAUAAAGCUGUUUGUUUUUACUA